AUGUGCGUCAACAUUUGUACAGGGUUAUUCAAGCGCGAUACGUCUUAUGAUAAGAAUGUUGAUGAAGUUCGUCUGCAUGAACUUGGUUAUAAACAAGAAUUAAAACGUGGACUUAGUACAAUAUCCAACUAUGGUGUCUCUCUCUCAGUUAUUAGUAUUAGCUCUGGUAUUACAUCACUAUUUGGAUAUGGAAUGGUUACAGGUGGACCUGCGGUUAUGAUUUGGGGUUGGGUUGUCGUUUCGAUAUUUACAAUAAUAGUUGGGACAGGAAUGGCUGAGGUAUGUUCUGCUCAUCCUACAAGUGGUGGAUUAUAUUUUUGGACAGCCAUGCUUGUUCCACAAUCAUAUAAACCGUUUGCUAGCUGGAUGACAGGAUGGUUUAAUUUAAUUGGUCAGUUUGCUGUUACAGCUGCAAUUGAUUUCGGUUUGGCUCUGCUAAUUGGUUCUGUUAUUUCUGUCGGAGCAAACUUAACAUGGUCACCGAAACCAUGGACAAUUAUUUUAAUUCAUUUAGGCCUUGUAAUCAGCCACGGUAUAUCGAAUUCGUUAGGACCCCGUUUUUUACGCUAUAUAACGCAUGUCUCCACAUGGUGGCAGCUAUUUGCACCUUUAAUUACAACUUUGGCAUUAUUUAUCAAACCAAAAUAUCGACAAACGGGUAAAUUUAUCUUCACACAUUACGUGAAUGAUACUGGUUGGUCAAGUAAAGGAUAUGUCAUACUGAUUGGUUUAUUACAAGCACAAUAUUGUAUAUCUGGUUUCGAUGCCUCAGCCCAUAUGACUGAGGAGACAAAACGUGCUGAUACGGCCGGAUCGCAUGGAAUGAUUGCUGCUAUUGUUGUCAGUGCUGUCAGUGGUUGGCUGUUUCUCGUUUCCCUUUUUAUGGGCAUUAAAGAUUAUGAGGCAACUGCUCAUUCAUUAACCGGCUUUCCGGUAACACAGAUACUGUUAGACAAUUUUGGUAAACCAUUAGGCCUAUUUUUUAUUAUUAUACUAUUAGUUGCAUGUUGGUUUUGCGGAAUGGCGUCGGUCACUGCCAAUUCUCGAAUGAUCUAUGCAUUCAGUCGUGAUCAUGCUAUGCCAGGCAGUAGGUGGUGGCAUCGUAUUAAUAAGAAAAUAAUGUGUCCUUUACAUGCAGUAUGGUUAUCCUGUUUUAUCGCAUUUAUUAUUGCAUUGCCAUAUCUAGGGAAUUCAACAGCUUACUUCGCUGUAACAAGUUUAAGCACAAUAUGUCUUUAUAUAUCCUAUGUGAUGCCGUUAUUUUGGAAAUUAAUAUUUCCAAAGCAUUUUAGUCCGGGACCAUUUAAUUUAGGAAAAUGGUCAACUCUCAUUGAUACUAUUUCUAUUAUCUGGGUUGCGUUCAUUGUCAUCUUAUUCGUACUACCACCACUGUACCCACUAACACCAAAAACCAUGAAUUAUGCUUGUGUCGGGGUUGGAGCAGUCAUUUUUGGUGCUGGACUAGGAUAUCUACUUUAUGCUAGAAAAUGGUUUAAAGGACCAGUCACUAACUUAUUAGACGAUUCUACAGCAAAAGCAGAGCAUCCAUAUGGAAUGCCACCCGAGAUUGUUGAGCACAAUGAUAAACCGGAGAAAGAAAUUGUUGAAAGUGACAGUUCAUAUCAACCGCCAGCCGUACUCAAUGAGAACAAACAAUCAGUGGAAUUUACAUUACAUACGAUAAGACCGUAA